ACUUCACACAAAAGAUACAACCAUUCAUCACUUAAUACCUUUGUCAUCUUUCUCUCUCUACAACUCCACAACUACUCCCAAAUUCACCAUUGAUUAAUUUUGAGCUAUCUCAUCUCAGGAAGUUGGAAAACAAAAACUCCCAUCAUCUUCAUCAUCAUAUAUACUUUCCUAGCUUAAUUAGAUCAAAUAACAGGAAUAACAAAUAGUGCUCACUCACAAGACCACCAUAAUAAGUUAGCCAGCAAGUAGGUAAUUUUAUUUAGAACCUUCAAGAGCAGAUUUGAAUAAUUAACAAGCUUGCUAUACCUAGAUAGCUAGCUAGGUCUUUCAAGUGUUGACCAUUUUACAAAUCACAAGAAGAUAAAGAAGAAGAAGAAGAAGAAAGUAGAUAGAAGAAGGCUUUUGGUAAGUGAAAUGGAGCUCUUUCCAGCACAACCAGACUUGUCUCUUCAAAUAAGUCCACCAAACACCAAACCCAGUACUUCAAAUCCUUGGAGAACAACAUCCUCAUCAUCAACUACAGCUGAUCAUCUUCAAGAUCCCCAAGGUUUAGAUUUAGGAAAUACUUGGAAAAGAGCUUUCAACUCAUCUCAACAAUUUCACCACCACCACCACCACCAACAAACAAGAAGUCAUCCGGAACAACAGCCCUCUUUUGGGCUAGCCUUAUCGAACCCAGUAUCCGGUUCGACUACUCCUCACAUGACUAACUCUGACUUCACUCAUUUACACAAUCUAUUAGCCGCCCAAACCAGUAGUAACCCACCAACAACAUCCAAUAUCAUCUACCCUAAUUACCAACAUCAUCCCCACCACCAUCAUCAAGGGCUUAUCAGUUCAGAUUUAGGCUUCUUGAAACCAAUAAGAGGGAUUCCAGUUUAUUACCAAAAUACUAGUACUACCCCUCAUCCUCCUAAUUUUCCGAUACUGUCCCAUCCUCAUCAAAAGAACCAACCAGUUGUGUUAGAUUCUUGCAGCAAUACUACAAGUUCUCUGAUUCACGGGAAUAACAUUAACAAUAUUGUCCGAUCAAGAUUCUUGUCUUCGCGGUUUCCGUCUAAGCGUAGCAUGAGAGCUCCCAGGAUGCGGUGGACUACUACCCUUCAUGCUCGUUUUGUCCAUGCUGUUGAGCUUUUGGGCGGUCAUGAAAGAGCAACACCCAAGUCAGUAUUAGAGCUAAUGGAUGUGAAAGAUCUAACUUUAUCGCAUGUUAAAUCUCAUUUACAGAUGUACCGAACUGUAAAAACAACAGAUCGAGCACCGGCUUCUUCAGGGCUAUCGGAUAUCUACGAGAAUGGUUCAUCCGGGGAUAACUCUGAUGACAUUGUGCUUGAUAAUCGCAACACAAGAACGACGACAGAGUUAUCAUCAGGAGAAAAUAAUGGAGGAAGGUCUAGUGUUCACCUGGAAAAAGAUUAUCAAUAUGGUCUAUGGAGCAACUCCUCAAGCAGGGAAGCUUGGUUGCAUGGAGAACACAGAGAUUCUGAAGCAAGCAAACCAUCUCUUGAGAAUGAAAUGAAUUCAAAAGGUUAUGAGAGAUUGUCAGAAGUGAGCUCAUCAACACUACUACCCAAGAAGCCCAAUUUGGAGUUUACUUUGGGAAGGCCACAGUGACAAAGAUGAACCGGAAGACAUAUAUAUAUGUACGUUUUAUCUAUAUAUAUGGACUGUACUACUCAUUUUGAUAUAAUUGUGUUUUUGAAUGGGAGCUAGUGAAAGAGAAUCGGGUACCACUGCAAAAAUCAGGAGAGAAAAAAGGAAAUCAAAGUAAAGAGGAAAAAAAAAAGGCAAAAAAGAGAGAAAGCUAGCUAUAAAAGAAAGAAAGAAAGAAAGACAGACAGACAAGAAAGACAGAAAGCAACCUAAGGGUGGAGAGUUUGAAAAGCAUAUAUGUCCUUCCUCCUAGCUAUAUCAAAUUUGUGAGAGAGUUGCAUAUCACCCAUUGAUUAAUUUUAUACAAGUAAUAUUUGUUACACAUUUAAUUUAAUCAUAGAUAUAUGUAAUGUUUCUAUGAAAAUAUAAAUGAAAUUAUCCAGUUAAAGUUUGUAUCA